AUGGCGCAGACGACUGCCACCUCCCCGCAGGGCAGCGUUCGCCAGCGCAACACGGGCAAGAAGGGGGCCACGGCCGGCGCCGCUGCUGACGCCGUCGCCGACUCUCUGGGCAAGGCCGCCGACAAGACCAAGCGCGCCGGCGCGGAGAACGGCCACAUUGUCGGUCUCGUCGUUACCACCGUUCUCGCCUUCGUCACCCGUUUCUGGGGUAUCAGCCAUCCCAAUGAGGUCGUCUUCGACGAGGUUCACUUCGGCAAGUUCGCCUCCUACUACCUCGAGAGAACCUACUUCUUCGAUGUUCACCCUCCGUUCGGAAAGCUCCUCUUUGCCUUUAUGGGAUGGCUUGUUGGAUAUGACGGACACUUCCACUUCGAGAACAUUGGCGACUCGUACAUUGCGAACAAGGUCCCAUACGUCGCCUUCCGAGCUCUGCCCGCCAUCCUCGGCGCAUUGACCGUCACCGUCUCCUACCUCAUCAUGUGGGAGUCUGGAUACAGUCUGCCCGCCUGCAUUCUCGCCGCCGGUCUCAUCCUCCUCGACAACGCCCACAUCGGCCAGACCCGGUUGAUCCUCCUGGACGCCACUCUGGUCUUCUGCAUGGCCUGCAGCUUGCUCUGCUACAUCAAGUUCUACAAGCUGCGCCACGAGCCUUUCUCGCGCAAGUGGUGGAAGUGGCUCAUCCUUACCGGUUUCGCCCUGUCCGCCGACAUGUCGACCAAGUAUGUCGGUCUCUUCGCUUUCGUCACCAUCGGCUCGGCCGUGAUUAUCGAUCUCUGGGCCCUGUUGGACAUCAAGCGGCCCGGCGGCGCGCUGUCCCUUCCGGACUUUGGCAAGCACUUUGCCGCCCGUGCUUUCGGCCUGAUUCUCAUGCCCUUCCUCUUCUACCUCUUCUGGUUCCAGGUUCACUUCGCCAUCUUGACCCGCUCUGGUCCCGGAGACGACUUCAUGACUCCUGAGUUCCAGGAGACUCUGAGCGACAACGUGAUGUUGGCCAACUCCUUGACUGUCGAGUACUACGAUACGAUCACCCUCCGCCACAAGGAGACCAAGACCUACCUUCACAGCCACGAGGACCGCUACCCCCUCCGUUACGACGACGGCCGUGUUUCCAGCCAGGGCCAGCAGGUCACCGGUUACCCUUUCAACGACACCAACAACUACUGGCAGAUCAUUCCCAUGGAGGACAACCAGAAGAUGGGCAUGCCCGUCAAGAACCAGGACGUCGUCCGUCUUCGUCACUUGGGCACUGACACCAUCCUGCUCUCCCACGACGUUGCCUCGCCCUACUUCCCGACCAACCAGGAGUUCACCACGGUUCCCUUGACCGAGGCCUACGGCGACCGUCUUCAGGACACGCUCUUCGAGAUCAGAGUCGAGAACGGCAAGCCUGGUCAAGAAUUCAAGAGUAUCUCGAGUCACUUCAAGUUGAUUCACAACCCCAGCAAGGUUGCCAUGUGGACCCACACCACUCCUCUGCCCGAAUGGGGACACAAGCAGCAGGAGAUCAACGGAAACAAGCAGCUGGCCCCGAGCUCCAACAUCUGGUUCGUCGAGGACCUCCCGUCGAUUCCCGCGGAUUCCAAGAGACGCGACAAGCCGGAGAAGGAGGUUAAGACCCUGCCCUUCUUCCGCAAGUGGUUCGAGCUGCAGCGUUCCAUGUUCUGGCACAACAACCAGUUGACCAGCAGCCACCCCUACGCCAGUCAGCCCUGGCAGUGGCCCUUCCUGCUCCGCGGUGUCAGCUUCUGGACUCAGAACGACACCCGCCAGCAGAUUUACUUCCUCGGUAACCCUGUCGGUUGGUGGCUGGCAAGCAGCUUGUUGGCUGUCUUUGCCGGUAUCAUUGGUGCGGACCAGGUCUCUCUUAGACGGGGUAUCGACGCUCUCGACCACCGCACUCGUUCGCGUUUGUACAACUCCACCGGUUUCUUCUUCCUCGCGUGGGCCACUCACUACUUCCCGUUCUACCUGAUGGGUCGUCAACUCUUCCUCCACCACUACCUACCGGCGCACUUGGCUUCUUGUUUGGUUGCUGGAGCUCUCCUAGAGUUCAUCUUCACCGCAGAGCCGGCUCCCGAGGAGGGCGCCCAAGUCAUCAAGGAGAACAAGAAGGGCGAUGGACCUAAGAGGCACAUCAGCGCCCGUGAGCGUUUCGCCGGCCAGAGCCUUCUCCCUGCCUGGAUCGCUUGCGGUGUCAUUCUGGCCGUCGCCGUCGCCGGCUGGUACUUCUUCCUGCCGCUGACGUACGGCUACCCCGGCUUGACCGUCGAGCAAGUUGUCCGCCGCAAGUGGCUCGGCUACGACCUGCACUUCGCCAAAUAA